UUUUGAAGUGAACUGUACAUGAGCCAAGCGACAAUACAAUCAAAAAUAAAUAAAUAAAAAAAGACAAUGCGGGAACGGGAAAGACAUGAUAGAGACCGCGACCGGGAAAGAGAGCGAGAUCGGGACCGCGACAAAGAACGCGACCGAAGGUACCACUCCAAGUCCCCCACCAGGAGCAGCCGGCAAAGCUCCAAACCCAAAAAGAAGAAGUCGAAGAAAUCUAAAAAGUACUACAGGCGUAGUCGUAGCAGUAGCCGCAGCUCGUCGCGCAGCUCAUCGCCACGCAGUCCAAGCAGCUCCCGGAGCCGGCACAGCAAGAGUCGCAGUCGGGACUAUAACAAAUCUCGCUCUGCCUCCCAAAGGACAACCCGAGCACCGAGUUCGGAGAGCAAUUCACGUUCAACGCCUCUCGCUAGCAACGUCAAGGGCAUCGAUUUGCUGGAUACCAAAGUGCAGAAGGCCUUGGAAAAGAUAGACGAGGAUACCUUCAAGCCGUCAGCUUUCUUCAGCACCAAAGAUCGUGAGGCCCCAGAGAAGGUUAUCAUAGAUCUGAAAAACGAAACGGUGACCGUACCGAAGCCAUCGAACCCGGUCCAAACCGAAGAUGUAAUAUUUCAUCCCAACUUCCUUGGAAAUCCUGACCUUAAGACGGAGAAAUGGAUUCGCAAACUUUACGUAUAUCGCCAAAAGUACAUCCAGGAAUAGUAGAAUUUACAAUUUUUAUUUAAGAAACAAUAAACGUAUGUCUAGAA